GAAAAAUAAAAUCUAUUUCCCUUCCUUUCCUUUCUUUUCCUUUCUUUUCCCUUUCUUUCUUUUCUCUUCCUUUCCUUUAUUAAUAAUGAACCGGCCUAAGAUUACAACUUCCAAAUGAAUGGCCAACAUGAAGGUAACGGAAACUGUGUUUCAUCAUCGAUAAUCAAAACAGUGCAGAUAAUCUUGUGUCACUGAUCAUCCAAAAAAGAUGGGGAGAUGCUUAAUCUCAUCUUCUGUAACCCCCUCAAAAUUCCGUCAACUACCCACUUCAAUUCGAACAUUCAAUCACCAAACCCAUCAACUAUCGGCAUUCUCUUGUUGUUAUCUGGGAAAUUCAAAACCCCUAAAACAUGGAAAUUUCAGCAGGCAAAUUUCAACGAAAACAAUACAUAUAUCUUCAUCAAGAUAUAAUUUUUGCACAAAAGCUGUUUUAUCUGGGACCCAAUACCCUAAAGUGGGUGCUCAAUCAAUUGGUCCAAUUCCCGGCAAUCAACUUCUUGGGGUUGUUGAAAAAGCUGCCAAAACUGGUGCUGAGGUAGUCAUGGAAGCUGUUAACAAGCCUCGGAAAAUUUCCUAUAAAGGACUUACUGACCUGGUGACUGAAACAGACAAAAUGAGUGAGGCUGCUAUUCUGGAAGUUGUGAAGGCAAACUUCAAGGACCACCUUAUUCUUGGUGAAGAGGGAGGAAUUAUUGGAGAUGCUUCUUCUGAUUACCUUUGGUGCAUUGAUCCUCUAGACGGAACCACAAAUUUUGCUCAUGGUUAUCCUAGCUUUGCAGUUUCUGUGGGUGUUCUGUUCCGAGGGAAACCAGUAGCUGCUGCUGUGGUUGAAUUUGUUGGUGGAGCUUUUUGUUGGAAUACUCGUACAUUUACAGCAGUUGCUGGUGGGGGAGCAUUUUGCAAUGGCCAACGAAUUCAAGUUAGUGCAACUGAUCUGGUGGAGCGAUCUCUUCUUGUGACGGGCUUUGGCUAUGAGCAUGAUGAUGCAUGGAUUACGAAUAUCAAUUUAUUCAAGGAAUUUACAGACAUUAGUCGGGGUGUGAGGAGGCUUGGUGCUGCAGCAGUGGACAUGUGCCAUGUAGCUAUAGGAGUUGCUGAUUCAUAUUGGGAGUACCGUUUAAAGCCAUGGGAUAUGGCUGCUGGUGUUUUGAUUGUUGAAGAAGCUGGUGGGGCUGUAACGUGCAUGGAUGGGGGGAAAUUUUGUGUAUUUGAUAGAUCUGUUAUCGUUUCCAAUGGCUUGCUACAUUCAAAGCUUUUGGAGAGGAUUGGUCCAGCAACCGAGACACUAAAAGAGAAAGGCAUAGACUUCUCCUGGUGGUAUAAGCCUGAAAACUACAACACAGAUCUUUGAAGUUCGGCGUACUUGUAAUAUGGUUUCCUUCUCAUUUUGAAUAGCUUACACAUUUUGAUGUUCCUUUUGUGCUGUAAUUGUUCUUCUGUUUCAACACAUUUGAGCUAAUUGGACAUAUACUAUAAUACUAAUGCAUGUUAUUAAGUUGAGUUUUCUGUUUUCCCGGUA